GUAAUAAAAUAGCUACCGCUAGUAAAUUGCAACAAACAUUCGUGACACGAUUUUUCGAUGUUAUUUUUACACUAUUAGGCGCGUUUUGUUCUGACCGGGGAAAGCUAAAUUGCGUUUGCCAAACUUCAGCAGUUCAGGUAUCUUCACCCCCAUUCUCACCGUGAAUGGUUUUGCCCAUGGAAUCGCUCCAGCGCUCAGUGCACACAACACCGGAUUUCCAAGACACAGAUUUGUUUUUAUCUUAUCGUGUGCAUGUCAACUUAUAUUUAGUGUUUUUCUGCACAACACAAACACUGAUGCGCACUUGUAAAUGCUCUCGGUACUGGGCGGUUUGUCUGCACAUUCGCUGGGACGCAACCAAGCUAAGGAGCUGCGCUACCAGUGAGUGGAAUUAAUAAGCCCAAGACCGUGACAACUAUUUGGUGUGAGAGUGUCCUCGGAGGGUACCGUGAGUACCCUGCGGGGCCCGCCUGCCUCGUCUGGCAGAAAGCUUGGCAUCUCUCCUCACACCUCCAGCAUCGGAGAUGCCCUCGCCUCCCAAUGACGGAGAGGAUCGAGGCGCAUCCCCCGUGAACUUGCCAUCUGUGGGCUCCUACCAUGGCCAUGGCAAGAGGAAGGUGCACACCAAAAAGAAGAAGGGUAUCAUCAGUGCCAAUGUUGCUGGCACCAAAUAUGAGAUUGUUCGCAUAGUCAUCAAUGAGAUGGACUUUCUGAAAGCACGAGACGAAGACGAGACUGCCAAUCUCAUCUGGAACGACUCGGCUGUACAGCAUGAGAAAAUUGCGGAGCUCAGGAAUUAUCAGAGAAUUAACCAUUUUCCGGGUAUGGGUGAAAUUUGCCGCAAAGACUGCUUAGCAAGAAACAUGUCAAAAAUGAUCAAGUGCCAAUCCCACGAGUACGGCUUUGUACCCAAAACAUGGAUCUUCCCCGCCGAGUACACGCAGUUCCAAAAUUACGUCAAGGAGCUGCGGCGGAAACGUAAGCAGAAGACUUUUAUCGUCAAACCAGCCAAUGGAGCCAUGGGUCACGGGAUCUCACUUAUCCGUAACUGUGAGAAGCUGCCUGCCCAGGAGCACUUUAUUGUUCAGGAGUACUUGGACAAACCUUUCCUAAUGGAGGGCUACAAGUUUGAUCUGCGCAUCUACAUCCUUGUCACUUCCUGUGACCCGCUUCGCAUUUUCCUCUACAAUGACGGCCUGGUGCGCAUGGGCACAGAGAAGUACCACGCACCCAGUGAGGCCAACCUGAGCCAGCUCUACAUGCAUCUUACAAACUACUCAGUCAACAAACACAACGAGAACUUUGAGCGGGAUGAGACGGUGGACAAAGGCAGCAAAAGAUCCAUCAGCUGGUUCACCGAGUUCCUGCGCAGCAAUGAUUACGACGUGGCCAAAUUCUGGGGUGACGUCUCUGAAUUGGUGGUAAAGACAUUAAUAGUGGCAGAGCCCCACGUGCUGCACGCAUAUCGCAUGUGCAGGCCCGGCCAACCACCAGGGAGCGACAGUGUCUGCUUUGAGGUGCUGGGCUUUGACAUAAUCCUGGACCGCAAGCUCAAACCUUGGCUCCUGGAGAUCAAUCGAGCCCCAAGCUUUGGGACGGAUCAGAAGAUUGAUUUUGAUGUCAAGAGAGGGGUUUUGCUCAACGCUCUGAAACUACUCAACAUAAGAGCCAGCGAUAAGAAACGCAACCUGGCACAGCAAAAAGCCGAGGCUCAGAGGCGACUCUAUGGGCACGGUUCCGUAAAGAAACUCUCGGCUGCCUCAUCAGACUGGGAGCGACAGCGUCACACCCUGGAGCGAAGGCGAGAAGAGCUUAAAGAACGACUGGCGCAGGUCCGCAAGCAGAUCUACAGGGAGGCGCACGAAAAACAACAUCUGGGCAACUACAGACGUAUUUACCCCCCAGAUGACAAGCUGCUGUUGGAGAAGUAUGAAAGCCUGCUCUCUUCCGCCUUUCAGACCUUCCUCGCUGGGCGAGCUGCCUCGCUUCAGAAGGAAAUGAAUAAUCCUCUGAAACAAAUGAAGGAAGAGGACAUCUUGGAUCUGCUGGAGCAAUGCGAACUGGAUGACGAGAAGCUGAUGGGCAAAUCCUCAAGGCAACGUGGCCCUAAGCCCUUGACCACCAUGCCAGAGUGCAGCCAGACAUCACGCCGUCAACGGCCAGACUAUCUGGCUGACUUCACCAGUGGUAGCAGCGCUGAGAACUCUUGCUCAUCCUCAGACGAAGAGGAGGAAGAGAGGAGAAAAGCAGACGGGGGAAGUAGAAGUGGAGAAAAGAGGGAGAAAAAAGUCUCUUACGACCUCGGGAGCAAGGAGAAGAACUUGGCUGAACGCUCAGGUCGGAUGCAUUGGAAACCAACGGUCAAGCCUAUCAAAACCAAUCUGGCACCUUCAGUUUCUCCGACUCACUCCAGCCCAAUCAGACGCUCCAUCUCCUGCCCUCGAUCCAUCGCUUCCCUAUCGUCGCCCAAUGAACUGCGGGUUCUGUCUACUCGGGUCUCCCCUAACGUCCCUGUCAUCACGACCCUCGUUCGGCCGAGUUCCGCCACACUACGCUCGCAUUCGCUAAGCCGCAGUGGUUCUGCCCAUCGUGUGCCUCACAGUAACAGCCUGGGCACUAUCCACUCCCACAUUGGUGAUCCACUAAUUAACCUAAGGAAUAAAGAACAAGAGGCGGAGCUUAUACGGCAAACACUGACUGCGCUCACUGCAAUGAGGAUCCGAUUUCCUGGAAAAACAGAAGAGGAGGCAGAGGCCGUGCUGGAUGAGAUCCUUGACAACUGGAAAUACCAUAAACCAAAGGUAGCCUCCUACUGGCUUGUAAAAUUGGAUUCCACAAAGCAACGGAAGGUUUUGGACAUUGUGAGGACCAAUGUGCGCUCAGCACUACAGCGGAUCUGGAAAGAGCCAGAUUUGGAAAGCCUUCACUUGUACCGCCUCUUUAAUCGUGUCUUCAAUCGACUACUCUGGAGUCAUGGCCAAGGGCUCUGGAACUGCUUCUCCAAUUCUGGUUCAUCAUGGGAGAGCAUCUUCAGUAAGAGCAGUGAGGUGGUUUCGCCUCAGGAGCUUCAAUGCUGCCGCAGGCUGGUGCAGCUGUGCCGAGACUGUUUAUUAGUCGUCUACAAGUUUGUCUCGGAGUCCCGGGGCUCUUUGACCGGGCUCAGUCCAGAAUGGGACGACACCAGCUUUCCAUUUGCUGCCGGACCAGUCUCUACCCAUGGCUCCACCUCUGCUGCUGUCACUGCUGCUUCUUCUUCCUCCUCUUCCUCCGUCUCUUCGUCCCCCAAUGCAGGUACUGGAACGCUGUUAGCAGGAGCUGCCUCACUGCUCUGUCUCGGUGGAAGGUGUCAUAAAAAAGUCUUAGAAAGGUUCUGACGUCUGUGCCGCGGAAUGAUAGGUAUCUCCUGCCAGUGACCUCCCAGUUCAUCAUGAAGUGGCCUUUGUCCAGCUUUGGCCGCUUCUCCUCAGUCGCGCCACGCUCACGCAGCCUUUACGCCGCCAGGAUGGGACACUUCUGAGGUCACCAUGGCAAUGCCGGUUUCGGAGACUUUCACCUUUUGACCUCAGUCUGCCUCCUAUGACUUUCUUACAGCCAAACUCCCAAUAAGGCUCAUGACUCUUAAUAGCUCUGGACACCUGAUGGAGACCCACCGUGGCCUAUUGCCCCGGGUCCGACCAACAAGGGAAUUGGGACGGCCAUCGCGUUGAUUAAUUUUGACGCUGCCAUCAGAACCUCUUCAACUUUGCCUUCACCCCCCAUAACAGAAGACAGUGGACUCGUCCAGCCGCUCACAUUGUAAUUGCUCUAUUCUAACUCAUUGUCCAGCUAAAACUCACGGUACUGUAAAACAAAACAAAAAUACCAAUGGAAGGAUUUUAUUUAUUUAUUUAUCUAUUUAUUUAUUUUGUCAGAUAUUCCAUGAAUACAACGAAUGUUGACGCAGAAUGCAGCUGUGGAAUGAUAACUACAAAGCUUAUUUUUGUUGGCUGUUUUAAAUGCUUUCUUUCUGUAUUUUAAAGAUAAGUAACUUAUUUUAUAAUUGCAGUCAGAGUAUUUAUGUUUAUAAUAAUUUAUUACCUAGUUUACACAAGUGGCCCCUCCAUUCAACAAAAUAUGUUUUAUGGAAUAUUAAGUGCAGACUUUUUAAACAAGGUUUAGAACGUAAGUGAAUUGCCACGAAGAGAACAUGGCGAGCCAAACAUCUUGUAGAACACUUAGUUCCAAAUAUUGCACGUUAAAGAGAACUUUGCGAACCGGUGCACAUCGCAAAAGUGUUUGCAUGCUUGUUUUUUUUUUUUUUUUUUUGCCAGCGAGUCCGAGGAAGUGAAUUGAAACACUUGAAGUUGUGUUUGGUUGUUUGGACAAUUCCCUUUAAAAUGUCAUUAGUAAGUACAGAUGAAGAUGAUCAAGGGUGUGCUUUUGCUAUCACGUCUAAAUUGUUUGUGUAUAGCACACUGAAUGAUUGGGACCUUCAGCCCAAACACUGAUAGCAUGGAUGGGUGGGCCAGUAAAAAGCUCAUCUAUUUCAAUGAUGUUAAGGUUAAUAUUUCACAAACCACCAUAGAACUUGUGAAGGACAGUGAAGUUUAAAAAGGCAUUAUGUUUGGGAGAGGAGCGGUAUUUAAUGUUAAGUAGUUUAGCGGCUCUGUGCACAAACCUAUCAGAUAAUAUACAAUGUCCAGACUAAUUUGGUGUGCCAAAAACAAGAACAGCAAACUGCAAAAAAAAUAACCUCCCCUUAUACAUCAAUUUACAAUGCCAAUGUUUUUUUAUUUACUCAAUUUUACUUGUGUUAUUUUAAAGGCAUCGUUUACAAUGGAGGAAUGAGAUUUGUAAUGCUAUGGAGCAAUAAAAAGUUUAAACACA